GCCCCUUGGGCGACCGGGCCGGCACCAACCCGACCCACUGCGCAGGCGCGGGAAAGUUGAACUUCUGAAAGUGUACGCAAGUCCACUGAAGGAGGAGGGGGAGGUGGCUCCCGGCACCAGGUGCCCCCAUGGCAGGCUCAGAAGAGCUGGGGCUCCGGGAGGACACGCUGAGAGUCCUAGCGGCCUUCUUUAGGCGAGGUGAGGCCGCCGGGUCCCCCAUUCCAACCCCACCCAGGAGUCCUGCCCAGGAGGAGCCAACAGAUUUCCUGAGCCGUCUUCGAAGAUGUCUUCCCUGCCCCCUGGGGCGAGGAGCAGUUCCCCCUGAGUCCCCUCGGCCUUGCUCCCUGCCCCUCCGCCCAUGCUAUGUUUCAGAGCCUGGCCCAGCUACUCCGGAUUUCUAUGCUCUGGUGGCCCAGCGGCUAGAACAGCUGGUCCAAGAGCAACUGAGAUCCCCACCUAGCCCAGAGUUACAGGGUCCCCCACCCACAGAGAAGGAAGCCCUGCUGCGGAAGCUGGUGGCCCUGCUGGAGGAAGAGGCAGACGUCAUCAACCAGAAGCUGGCCUCGGACCCCGCCCUGCGCGGAAAGCUGGCCCGCCUCUCCGCGGGCUCCUUCGCCCGCCUGGUGGAGCUGUUCUCCUGCCGGGAGAGCAGCCCUCUACCCGGUCGCGCACGCCCCUCCUUGCCCUGCCCUGGGCCCCCUCCGCCUUCCCCGGAGCCCCUGGCCCGCCUGGCCCUGGCCAUGGAGCUGAGCCGCCGCGUGGCCGGGCUGGGGGGCACCCUGGCCGGACUCAGCGUGGAGCACGUGCACAGCUUCGCGCCCUGGAUCCAGGCCCACGGGGGCUGGGAGGGCAUCCUGGCCAUUUCACCCGUGGACUUGAACUUACCCCUGGACUGAGAUCUUCCUCAGAAGCUGCUACCAGAUUAGACCUCAUGUCUCUAUGUUCUUCCUGUGCUUUGCCAAACCUUCCUGUUCCGCUCAGGGUUGUGGGGUGGGUUGCCCUGCCUGUUUCUGCCAAAAAGAAAUUGUUUUAAAUUUUUUCACAUUAAAGACUUUUUCAAGUA